AUGCCUAGAGCUUUUGUCGUCACCAAAAAACUGCACAGAAAUACAAAACAUACAACAAAACAUACAACAAAAAACACAAAAUACGAAGCAAAAUUACUGAAAAAAGUUACAACCUCAAGAUCGCUUGACUCGAACAAAAGCGUCGGUGGCUGUAGUAGCAACAGUAGCGAUGUUAGCAGGAGUGGCUGUGGUAGCGGAAGCAAUUUUGCCUCUGGCGACUUGCCCGAUCUUCUCCCGCCCCAAAUUCCGCCAAGAAAUAGUGUGGCUGGGAGAAAGGUUUUUGACGGCAACUCGUUCGGAGAUGAGGGCAUCAGUAAACAUUCUUCUAUGCGUUCAUUCCAAGCGUUCGGUUUCGGAGCCAACAACAACGCCAGCGCCAACAACAGCAACAACCUCAGCAACUUAAACAACAACAACAACAUCAGCAGCAACACCACAAGCAACAGCACCCACCACUACGGCAACAACAUCAACAACAACUCGAUAAUGACUGGACAGUUCUCCACCCUCUCCAGCUUGCCGAGCAGAGGCUCGCACAUUAACGUUAACGUGGCACCCACUGUCAGCACUGAGAAUAACGAUACUCCAGAGAUACACAAGUAUCAGAAGAGGUUCAACUCCGAUGUCUUAUGUGCAGCCCUCUGGGGAGUCAAUUUGUUGAUUGGUACGGAUAGCGGCCUCGUCCUAUUGGACAGAAGCGGCCAGGGCAAAGCGUCCAGGGACGAUUGCGAGGUUGCUUUGGCCCGCAGAUUCAACCAACCAGGUGUUUCAAGGCCCGCGAAAGGACCUCGAAGUUACGAAGUAAGCUGGAACUUUUAUUUAGUUCUCGACAAAAUCCAUUUCCAAUCCGCCAUCAGAAAUGGAUUCAGGAACCAAAAGCUAACGAAAUGA